UCCUGGACGAGAUGUCGACGAUUGUGAAGAUGAUUCUGAGGUGGGUUUAUCAAGAGUUGGGUGUGAAGGGGCCAUGUACCUUGUCUGGGAAGAUCUGACUGUGGUGCUGCCAAACUUUGGGGAUGGACCUACUAGAAGAUUACUUAAUGAACUCACUGGGUAUGCUGAACCAGGUAGAAUCAUGGCUAUUAUGGGUCCAUCUGGCUCUGGAAAAUCCACCUUGCUUGAUGCAUUAGCAGGUAGACUCUCAGGAAAUGUUGUCAUGACAGGGAAUGUACUUCUUAAUGGGAAGAAGAGAGAACUAGAGUGUGGUGGUGCAUAUGUAACUCAAGAAAAUAUACUAUUGGGAACUCUAACAGUAAGAGAAACAAUAACUUACUCAGCUCAUUUGAGACUCCCAAGUACUCUGACAAAAGAAGAGAUAACUGCCAUUGUAGAAGGUACAAUCAUGGAAAUGGGUCUCCCGGACUGCGCUGACCGGGUAAUCGGAAACUGGCAUUUGAGGGGUAUCAGUGGUGGGGAGAAAAAGAGAUUAAGCAUAGCACUUGAGAUACUUACCAGACCUCAGCUUCUGUUUCUUGACGAACCCACCAGCGGCCUGGACAGUGCCUCAGCUUUUUUUGUGGUUAAAAUUCUAAAAAAUCUUGCUCAUGAUGGUAGAACAGUUAUCUCCGCGAUCCAUCAACCAAGUAGUGAAGUCUUUGCACUCUUUGAUGACCUAUUUCUUCUAUCUGGUGGGGAAACCAUUUAUUUUGGAGAAGCAAAAAUGGCUUCCAAGUUCUUCGCCGAAGCAGGAUUCCCAUGCCCAACUCGAAGAAAUCCUUCUGAUCACUUCCUUCGAUGUAUUAAUUCAGACUUUGACAUUAUCACAGAGGUUUUGGUGGAAUCUCGAAGAAUAUAUGAUAUUCAAAACCCAUUAGAUCCUUUGAGAAACUUAUCAACAGCAGAGAUCAGACGUAUGCUUAUUAGGAAAUAUAAGUGCUCAGAGUAUGCAGCAAGAGCAAGAGGAAGGAUUCAAGGGAUUUUAACUAUUGAAGGGCUUUUAUGCGAAAGAAGGUGGAGAAGCCAAGCAAAAUGGUGGAAGCAACUCUCAACAUUGACACAGAGAUCUAUGAAGAACAUGUCUAGAGAUUUGGGGUAUUACUGGUUAAGGAUAGCAAUCUACAUAGUGCUAUCUAUUUGUGUUGGUACCGUCUUUUUUGAUAUCGGAACAAGCUAUACGGCAAUCUUGGCACGAGGUUCUUGUGGCGGGUUUAUAUCUGGUUUUAUGACAUUCAUGUCCAUUGGAGGCUUUCCAUGCUUUAUUGAAGAAAUGAAGGUUUUUUAUCGAGAAAGGCUUAACGGGCACUACGGGAUUGCAGUUUAUACUUUAUCUAAUUUCCUAUCAUCAUUCCCAUUCUUGAUUCUGAUGUCCAUGGCUUCUUCAUCGAUCACUUAUUACAUGGUGAAAUUUCGUUCAGGAAUUUCACAUUAUAUCUAUGCCUGCCUUGAUCUUAUAUGCUCCAUUGCAGUCGUAGAGAGCUGCAUGAUGAUGAUAGCUUCAGUGGUUCCCAACUUCAUGAUGGGAAUCAUUGUGGGAGCUGGAUAUCUAGGAAUCAUGAUGAUGACAGCUGGAUUCUUCCGGUUGCUCCCUGAACUACCGAAGAUUUUCUGGCGUUACCCAGUUUCUUAUGUGAAUCAUGGUGCAUGGGCAUUACAGGGAGCUUACAAGAACGACAUGAUUGGGCUUGAGUUUGAUUCUUUAGAACGAGAGGGACCGAAAUUGAAAGGCGAGGUGAUCCUCACAACCAUUCUCGGCAUUAAUCCGGACCAUUCAAAGUGGUGGGACUUAGUAGCUGUUAUAGCAAUCCUCCUAUCUUACAGACUUCUAUUCUUUGCCAUUCUAAAGUUCAGAGAAAGAGCUUCACCUAUUUUCCGAACGCUUUAUGCCAAGAGAACUCUUGAACACCUUAAGAAACGGCCUUCAUUCAGAAAAAUGCCACCUUUCCCUUCCAAGAGGCAUCAUGUUCAACAUUCACUUUCUUCUCAAGAGGGUCUGAAUUCUCCAAUUCAGCAGAGGCAACAGCAAAUUAAUCCUUGAAAUAACCAGAAUCUGUUUGGAUCUCAUAUAUGAAAGGAAAGAAAAAUGUUUGAGAAAAGAUAUUAAUUGUUU